AUGGUGGAUGUUGGUGCCCAGAAGGAAGGGCUCAUACCCAUAUCGAAGAUGCUGGGCGCAGCCCCGAACGGCAGCUGCUUCGAUUGCGUCCACGAAGGAGAAGAGGUCGAAGUCUGGGUAAGCGAGGUGUCCCAUCCAGAGGAUUUACGCCACGGGAAGCUUGUGCUUGCUAUGGACAAAGACAAGAUAUCAAGGCCGGACACCCCCGGCCCCAUGGCCAACGUCAUGCAAUUUCAGUCCAGGUUGGGAAAGGUGUGGUUCAAUGGUACGGUGAGUCGCCACCGAUCCUAUGGGAUGUUCGUGCGGAUCGAAGCUCCCGCAGGCGAUGGAUUUGUAGAGGGCCUGGUUCCCAGAAGCGAGUGCACUUACAAUGCGACGGUGGGCUCCGAGGUCUCAGUGCGAGCCUUGCGCCUGAAUCCCGACAAAAACCACCUCUACCUGUCCAUGCGGGCUGCAGCUGCCAAAGGGAUGGAAGCAAGGCUCUCUGUCUUCAAAAACAUGACUGGCCAACGGCUACCCGGCACGGUCACCCGCAGCGGCAAGUUUGGUGCCUUCGUCGAGGUUUCGCACCCGGACGGCGGAAACAUCGUGGGUCUUGUCCCAUCCCUUGCGAAGGAGGAUGCUGGCCGGCAAUGGCCACACAGGCUAGAGGACCUGCACAUCGGUCAGGAGCUGACAGGCGUCGUUCUGCGUGUGCGGCCGCUGGCCCUUGUCGACGUCGGCCUCAAAGUCAGAGGGGUUCUGCCAGUGGGGAAGAUGAGCUCCUCAAAGCAAGAGACGGCUACUGACGAGGCUCACGUGAACCUGGGCGAUCGGGUGCAAGUUUGGGUCAGCGAGAUUCGGUACAACUCCAGUAAGAGGGAGCGCCCGACCUUGAUUUUGGCCAUGGACGAGAAUCGGAUCUACAGCCUUUGGAAUUCUGGACCGAUGGCAGAUCUGAAAGAUUUCGUGGGUCUUGAUACCCAGCAGUGGUAUACGGGCACGCUGACCCGCAAGAUGGAGGCCGGCUGGUUCGUGAGUGUGCCAUCCCCACAUGGCGAGGGAUCCCGCCAAGGCUUCGUGUACCUCCCGGAGUGCAAGGGCGAUGCAGAAAUCGGCUCGCAGGUGCAGGUCCGCGUCCUCGGCGUGGACUUGGAAAAGGGAUACCUUGACCUGUCGAUGCGGACAUCAUCGCCACUGAAGGGUGCAGAGGCGAAGCUGGCGUUGUACCGGGACUUGAGGGAUCAUUGGCUGCCGGGUCGGGUCAAGAGCUUUGGAGCCUAUGGGGCCUCGGUGGAGGUUUGGCACCCUGUUGCCGGCACACUGGUCGGCAUCUUGCCGAAGGCGCAUAUGGAGCGCGCCCAAGACCUGGCCGUCGACAAGAAGAUCAAGGUGCGCGUCUGGGAUGUGACCGACGAGCGCCUGUUUUUGUCCAUGCAAGAGAAGGUGAAGGAAAUUCCCAAGGAGUUCCUGGCGUUGGUGGAGGAUGAGCUGGGGAGUGCGAUGACUGUUGAACUACUGGAAGAAGGUCAGAAGGUCGAAGUGCGAGUGACGCAGGCUAGCAAGGAAGGCCUUGAGCUAGCCCUUUGCACAUAA